UUUGACCAAGGUAAAUAUAAAAAUCUGCUUGUUGUUUCUUACUAUAAAUUAUUUCUAAACAAGCAAACUUACAAACUUGUAUUGUGUUAAUGCUAGGAUCUUGGAAAUUAUAAAGUGUUGAGGUGUAGUGAUGAGCAAGCGGAGAUAGAAGGGCCUAAUGCUAGAUGUGAUGUAAGGUUGGAUGAGAGGACAUGCACAUGUAGAAGAUGGCAAGUCUCUGGAUUGCCCUGUGUACAUGCAAUUGCUUUUAUAGCUAAGAUGAAACUCAAUGCUGAAGAUUAUGCAUCAUCAUACUUCACUGUGGAGAGGUAUCGAGAUGCCUAUUCAUUAAAUAUUAAGCCAUUGCCUGCCCAAGAGGAAUGGAAAAAGAGUGAUAUAGGUUUUAGUGUGUUGCCACCUAUAUUAGCAAGACCUGCUGGCAGGCCACGAAAAAAGAGAAUAAGGGGAGCGGGAGAGAUGAUUAAGAGAAAACACAAAUGUGCUAGAUGUGGUGGUUUUGGCCAUCAUGCAAGAACUUGUAAGAAUACUGUUCCAGUAGAAGGUUCUAGCAUACAAUCUAAAAGCAAAAUAAGAAGAAAAACUAGUGGAUCGCAACAACAAGAGCAGGAUUCUGAACAUGCGGCAGCAGCAAUAUCACAGCAGCAAAAAGGUAAGAAAAGGAAGAGAAAUAGUGGAUCGCAGCAGCAAGAGCUAGCUCAAGAUGUAGCAGAAGGGUCAGUACCGCAGCAAAGGGGCAAUACUGCAUCUUCAAGGAAGAAAAGAAGGAAAAUUAGCGGAUCGCAGCAGCGGGAGUUAGAUUCUCAAGUUGCAGCAGAAACAUCACAACAGCAGGGAGUAUUUCAUGAUAGAUUGCUACAUUCUCAACAGGGUUCAACCAUUUCUAGCAUUGAUGCAAAUAGAUUGCUAGGUUGAGAGUCAGUUCAUGUUAAGAAUGCUCUGUUAUCUUUUGGAUGAAUGCUCUGUUAUUUUUUAGAUGAUGAUGAUCCUAUUAUUUUUUGGAUGAUGAUG